AUGGAAAAUUACACGGAGGUCACGGAAUUUCUUCUCCUGGGAUUCUAUGAGCUUCCAGGUCUAGAACGUCUGCUGUUCGUGGCGUUCCUCCUGGCCUAUCUGCUGGCGUUGUCUGGAAACCUAACGAUUGUCCUGGUGAUCGGCAUGGAACCCCUUCUCCACACGCCCAUGUACUUCUUCCUGUGUAACCUGUCCUUCCUCGACAUUACGUUCACGUCAACCAUUCUUCCCAAGCUCUUGCAUAUCUGCCUGACCGGUCAACGCAACAUAUCAUUCGCAGGCUGUGUGGCUCAGAUGUUUUUCUUUGUCGUGUGUGUCGUGGCGGAGUAUUGCCUGCUAGCAGUCAUGGCAUUCGACCGAUACUCCGCCAUCUGCCAUCCUCUGCGCUAUCCCCAGCUCAUGAAUCUCAGGGUUUGUGUGCAGAUGGCGGUGGCUUCUUGGUUCUUCGGGUUCCUGGACUCUACCACCUACGUGUCUUUGUUGUCUCAAUAUUCCUUCUGCAGCUCCAAUGCCAUUAACCAUUUAUUUUGCGACCUUAAACCUCUACUCAAGCUGUCCUGCAGCGGAACGCAGAGUGUAGAGUUUGCCAUACAAGUCUCGGGAGCGCUUUUUGGAUUCACGCCACUUGCAUUUAUUAUCAUCACUUAUAUUUUCAUUAUAGCCACCAUCCUGAGGAUCCGCUCCAAGGAGGGGAAGCGCAAAGCCUUCUCCACCUGCUCGUCCCACCUCACCGUGGUCAUCAUGUUCUUUGGCAUCAUCCUCACGAUGUACAUGAGGCCGAAGUCUGCGUACUCCAUAGAGCAGGAUAAGGUCUUCUCUGUACUGUACACCUUGGGCAUUCCCAUGCUGAACCCUGUAAUAUACAGCCUUAGAAAUAACGAGGUCAAACAGGCGCUAGAGAAAGCCAAGAGGAACCUUUUAAGGAAAAUCUAG